AUGUCUAUGGCCAAUCCUCCACAUGAAGAAUCAAAGUCAGUCGUCAACAUUGCCUCAACCUCAUUAAGAAGGAAACCAAAGCGUCCGUCCUGGUUCACCCCCAAGAGGUUACUUCUCAUAUUUUGUGUGAUUAACUUGAUAAAUUAUGUGGACCGAGGUGCAAUAUCAAGCAACGGUGUGAAUGGGAACCUUGAAAUUUGUGAGAAUGGUAUAUGCACACCUCCUACCGGCAUACAGGGGUAUUUUUUAUUGACAAAUUUUAAAGUUGGAUGUCUAUCGUCAGCUUUUUUGGUUGGACUUUUGGUGGCUUCUCCAAUUUUUGCAUCACUAGCAAAGAGUGUAAAUCCAUUUAGGCUUAUUGGAGUUGGAUUGUCAGUAUGGACUUUUGCUGUAACUGGUUGUGGUUUUUCAUUCAGCUUCUUGUCUCUCUUCAUCUGUCGCAUGCUAGUUGGUGUUGGUGAGGCUUCAUUUAUUAGUCUUGCAGCUCCAUUUAUUGAUGAUAAUGCUCCAGCUGCUCAGAAAACUAUAUGGCUUUCGACAUUCUACAUGUGCAUACCAUCUGGAUAUGCACUUGGUUAUGUUUACGGAGGCUUGGUGGGAACUUCUCUCAGUUGGCGUGCUGCAUUUUGGGGGGAGGCAAUUUUGAUGCUUCCAUUUGCUAUUCUAGGAUUUGUUAUGAAGCCAUUGCGGAUGAAAGGGUUUAAGCACAAUGAAUCAACUGAAGCAAUGAUUUUGCAUGAGACGGUUGUCUCAGAAGUUCAAGGUAUACUUUUUUCAAGGUUUAUGAAUGAUAUGAAGGAUCUUUUGGUUGACAAGGUUUAUAUCAUUGAUGUUCUUGGUUAUGUAGCAUACACCUUUGUAAUCGGUUCGUACUCAUAUUACGGGCCUAAGGCCGGCUAUAAUAUAUAUCAUAUGACUAAUGCAGAUAUGAUUUUUGGAGGUAUUACAAUUGUGUGCGGAAUAUUAGGUACACUAGCGGGAGGCUUCCUUCUGGACUUCAUGUCUAACACUAUCUCCAAUGCUUUCAAGCUUCUUUCAACAGCAACUUUUCUUGGGGCAUUAUUAUGCUUUGGUGCCUUUUGCUGCAAGAACAUGUAUGGUUUCCUUGCUCUUUUUGCAGUUGGGCAACUACUUCUCUUUGCAACUAUGGGUCCUGUAAAUUUCGUUUGUCUCCAUUGUGUUAAACCUAGUUUGAGGCCACUAUCUAUGGCCAUUUCGACUGUUGCAAUUCACAUAUUUGGAGAUGUGCCUUCCUCACCUGUUGUUGGAGUUGUCCAGGACCACAUGAAGAAUUGGAGGUCAACUGUUCUUAUUCUAACAUCCAUUUUAAUUCCAGCAGCGGGCAUAUGGUUUACAGGAAUUUUCUUGGACAGCGCGGAUAGAUCUGAAGAAGAAAGUGACGAUGAAGAAAGUGAUGAUGUGAUAACAACUGAAACACCGUCGCUUGAAGAGAAGAAGACAGAAACAACUGAAUCUGCAGCUGAACCUGUCACAUAUUCAACUGGUGUGUAA